AUGCAAACUCCCGAGCACUGGAGGUUUGUCGAUACUCCAUGGGAUUUGACGUGGGAAUGUGAGGGUUUGAAAGUUGGUUGGACAAACGUGUCAAGAAUCGGUUGCGUCAUGUCCACCAUUCUGGGUGUGUGGUCCGCAUACAUUCUACCGUUCGUCUGUGGUCUAAGUUUGAUCGGAACUGUGUUCUUCAUGGUCAUCGCCAUUCUUAGCAAGCAUUUGGUCACACGACAACUCAUCUACAUGUUCUGUAUGUUUGCCUCAAAUGCAGCAACCAGUGUACUAUUUGGUUGGUUCUGGAUGUUCCCGGCCAAGGGUUUACCGUUUGCCACAAAUGGAAAAACCUACUUGUUCACGUUCUACGCCUCUCCGAUCGCUUGCUCCAUUCACCGAUUUGCCUAUUCGUUUACAAGCACCACGAGUUGUAACCUGUUACUGUUAGCCAGUAUUGAUCGGCUACUGAGUGUUUGCUUUCCUAUGGAAUUUUCCAAUAUUCCCCGACGAUACGGUUGGUAUGCAGUUCUGUUCACGCUAUUUAUCAGUCUAUUCAUGCUUUUCCCGGCAACCGCUUUGAUCAGGUGGACACGGAUAGGGGGCAGGAUUAAUUGCUGGUACCCAGAACCCUAUAAGUAUAUGGAGUACUACCACACACUGAUCUCUAAUGCCGCUGUUCUCCAACCGUUGGCUAUCACAGUAAUCAAUAUUAUUAUAUUCUCAAUCAUUCGACGUCUCGCGAAACAGAAGCAGAGUGAAGCGGUUUGGACAAAUCAGGCAAAACAGAGUGUCCGGGCUUGUGUUGUCUUAUUGAUUGUGUCCUGUGUCUAUGUGGUGUGUGCACUGCCACAAAGCGUUGCCUAUAUUUGCGCCUACACUAUCGCUCGAACAGAUCCGUCUCAGACGCGGGCGAUUCGACUGGCCUAUAAUGUGGCCGAUUUGUCGCUGGCUCAGUGGACUUCGACCGUACAGCAAGCGUGCAGUCGCCACACGGAUGGACUAGAUGUGACAACAAGAGCGUUGCAAAAGGAACAAGCCGUCAUGUGCAUUCAUCAACCAAAAUACGAUGUGGAGGCUCUGAAUCAAACUCAGGCAUCCUAUCCGCGUAACCUUCAGACUGGUCCUAGCAUUCUGCCCCCGUGGAAGCACAAACCACGUCUGGAAACCGAUUCUAAUUAG